UGAACAUCUCACUCGUCACGCUACUGUGGAAAGACCAAACAGCCCUCGCCUUCACUCGCUAAACCCGCAGAUUACCACCACGUUGGAGUUCUCCGACGCAGCAGCACACCGCACGAGCAGCCCGACGAAGCUCGACUUCUCCGAUUUCUCAGAGCAGAGAGAGGAAGCAGCUUAAGAGGUCGGCAAUGGGCGGAGCAGAUCACGGGCACGGGCACGGGGAGGUCCACGGGGAUUUCAGGGCCAAGGUAUGGAGCAUGAGCGGAGGGCCGUACUGCCGGCCCAAGCACUGGAAGCGCAACACCGCCAUCGCCAUGUUCGGCGUCUUCCUCGUCUGCAUCCCAAUCGCCAUGACGUCCGCCAAGCUCGAGCAACGGCCUCAUCAGCCUGUUCGCCCCAUUCCUUCACAACUCUGGUGCAAGAACUUUGGUAACAAGGAGUACUGAAGAAGUGUGUGAUGACAAAUAACUGAAGUGCUAAGUCCCACAGCAGAUUGAAGUGGCUUUGAAACAUCCAGUCGAGAUUUUGGAUCACAUGUAUCCGAACUGAUGACAGUUGCCUUUUUUAUCUUUUGCAUGUCAUUCAGCAGCCAAUAAGCAGCGGAUGAUAAUCCGAUUUGCUUCUAUAAAGACAUGUCUGAAGCUACUUUUUCCAGCUAAACAACUAGUAUCAUUCUAUAUAAGCUUUUGUGCCAUUCAAUGUUGCAAU